GAAUAUUCAUAUGCAUAUUAAAUAAAGUUUUGUUUAAUUUGUAUCAUCACCGAUCGAUGAUGCCAACGCUUAGGCUAUGUUUAUACUCACGUUUGUAUGGAUAGCUUUAAUUAUCUCCACUGGAAAAGCUCGCCGUAGCGUUGACGGACUUAAUUUGGACAUUAGCAGUUGGAGCCCGUUUCUGUUCAAAGAACCAGAUGAAUUUCCAAAUUACGAUAUAACACGUUGGGUGCGACGAUUACAUCUGCAACAGUGUGCCAUCGUAGAAAUCGGCGAAGGAUUUUGUGCUUUGUUCGUCGAAUUACGUAGCAUACCUUCGGAAUCAAAGGUUCUGGACAACUCUGGAGUUGGAGAAUUCUUCCUGGGUAUCUGUCCCUGUUUCACGCUUCACACCUGGAGCUUGUGCUCGUUUGAGCUGACCAGCCAAAGGAAAGGGGACUGUACUUUCAACGAGGCUACUCCAUACUCAAACACCAGUGCAAGAGUUCACCGGCGAUUAUGCGACGUGACAUUACUUGUCGAAAAUGCAACGAACUGUAACUGCUCCAUAACGAUAGCUGGCCAAGCGUUGUAUAAGACAAAAGGAUUUCCUACGUGCUUUUUGAAUCCGUUGCCGGAAUCUCUGUGCUCGCCGCGCAACGUUUGCGGCAUUGCAAGAUGUUCCGGUACCACGAUCAAAGGAAUACACACUCCUCAAUGCGCCACUAAUUGCCAUCAGAGACAGCCAUUCUGCGAAGAGAUCGGACCAUGGACUUCAAUUCCGACGGAAAUUAACUCCUUAUGGUCGCGCUGGUCUUCUCCGAAGUGCAACAACACGUGCGGCAAUGGUUUCAUGGUAGCCGUAGCAUCGUGCCAAGAUCAAGUAACCGGAAAACCAGCUAUAGACUGUAUCGGUCCAGGAUCAUUUUGUUGCCCGGAUAGCAUCGGUAAAUGUUACUGCGAGGUAAACAUCGUCGAUGGAAUUAUGAGAGUGGCCAGGUUCACAGAACCUUGCAUUUCUACCGAAGGGUGUACCCCAAGCGACGUUGGAACGUUCACUUUCGAAGGAGAACACGAUCCUGGUGGCAGCAUCGAUUUCGAAGAAGCUUAUGAAAACGAUGAUCGUGAAAGGUUUGAAGAUACGCUUUACUACUCAGAAUCGGUACGAGCAGGAAAGCGUCAUCUCCUGCAAGCUUACAGUCACCGUUCCAUGCUGGAAUACGAGUCACGCGAAAAUAGACCAUCAAACGAAAACUUGAAAAACGAGCGUGGAUAUCGUUCCCUUCUCAGAAGUCGAUUGAACGGUGAUGCCGGGUAUGACGCCCAAGUGCAAGAGGAGGAUAACGAAGAGGACGAGGAGAAAGACGAGGACAACCCCGACUACGACGAGGAAGAGGACGAAGAAGAAGAAGACGAGACGAUCGGCUUCAGAGGCUCCGCGAAGGGUCGUCGGAGCCCGAGGAAACAUAUUCGCGAGGCGAAGUCCGAUUACAGGGCGAUUGGCCACGAGGGUAGGCCAGAGGUCGACGAACUCGAGAAAGCGCCGAUGGAGAUCAGAUCCGUUACGGAGGAGUGUGACGAUGAUUCCACGGAACCGCUGCAGUAUUACGAUUACGAUGCAGGAGGGAAUGCAGUAUUAAAUAUACGAGCUGCGUUUGCCUUGAAACUGGUAACAGUGAACAUUUUACUCUGGUUCUCUUGGCAUUAAUGGAAAAACGUAACGUAGAUGAAAGAUAGCUAUUUCCCUGGCCUUGAAAGAAGUAUAAUGAUCUGGACAGAAGUUUCUUGAUGCGCUGGAAACUGCAUAAAUGAAGAUACAUUUCAAUUCAUUGGAAUUAUGAAACACAGCGUAUUUCUAAUAAAUACAAUUACAAAACUAACGCACAAUUGCGAUAAAUAUUUAUGUUACUCAGAGACAAUGACAAUAGAUUUAUGUAAUUUUUAAACAAUUAAUGUGAAUCAAUGAAAAUACAAGAAAGGAAAGAACUGUUACGUAUAAAAGUCAUUGGACUAAGCGAUCUUCUAAUUAUUUUAAGCAACAAUGUAUAAAAUUUCAAUUAUUAGCUUUCUUAUCCUAUUCCAGUGGAAAGGAACAAUGAACAGGUUAAUUGUAACGUUCAUUCGUCUCGAGCAUCGGAGCUGCACGCUUCAGACGGCUACUUUCACCGUUGAUUUAAAUUAUCCGAGAAAGUGAACCCUUAAGUGUCUUACAAUAGCUAUUAUUUUAUGUAUUUUUUUUCUCCUUUGAUUCUCGCUGAUCGUUGAACGUUUCUUUUAAUGUUAAUUAACUUAUCGCUUCAACAGAAACACGUAGAGAAUGUUCGCUUGAAUCAUUUUUAACGCAGUUGCAUUCCCGUUGGAAAGCAAUUAUUUCUAAAAAAGUGCUAUUCACCUGCAAGAUAUCGUUUAUCUGUUAAACUGUACGUUAUGUACUAGAAUAUAAUUAAAAGAAUUAUAAAUAUUAA